GCGCUGCGGACGCUGUGCUGUACCGUCCUGAACCUUUUUUUGACGUGACGGGAACACUCCGUGUGUCAUGUGUACCCUUUGACAGAUUACCUACUGUACCUUUAACUACGGUACAAAGUGGUGUUACUUCAUGGUGGAAGUGCAUGUGUGUGUGUGUGAAUGCAUUAGCAGCCGUGCAAUGCCGCGGGGUGGUGGGGGACAACUGUGACUGGGAAACGCUGCAGGGGAGGGGCGCCGCUUUUCACGCUUGAUAUCAUGCCUUUCGAAUUGAGAUCAGGUGCCAGCGCGGGUAACUCGGGCGUAUCGGUUUCAACACAGGCGGACAUAGCACACUCGGCGAAAGGCUACGAAUCAGAGGAUGAAAACGCGGGCAGAAAGCGGCAGAGGGCCAGCGACGACCGGCCAACCAGCAAGACCACGAUGUACUCCAAACAGGAGUUCCGAGAGCAAUACUGUAUCAACAACAAGCAACUGGACCUGCUGGAACUGGAGAAGUCAAAGAAGGACAAGUUCCUCGGAUGCCUGUCACAAUACCACAUCGAGAGUCCAUGCUCGAGAAGCAACAGAGCAUCAUUUCUAUCCGUGUGUGUCCGUCGUCGGGUGCCCUCAGAUGAGAAUCUCAACACCGACUAUGCGCCCAUACAGCGGUACCCCAGGUUUGGUCAACCCAGCCCAGCUCCGCCCGAGGUGUGCGCAUAUGAUGCCGACCUGGAGUGCUCAUACUUUCGCAGAAGGCCCCGCUCGGUGUGCAGCCAACCUGACCCCAAACGCUACACAUGGAUGCCAGAGGAUGAAGACUUCACCCGCAUGGAAUGGCCACAAUCGGUAAUAGAAGAUAACGCGGGUUGGCCGCAAAAUUACAACGUCGACCAAAUCGCGUCUGUUAGCCGUGGAGGCUCCCUACCUAGGCCCCCUUCGAUAAUUCCCUGCCCCGCCCACACUCCGAUACCUCCGCCACCCCCACCACCGCCUCUCACCAUACCACCGCACAGAACAAAACACGUAUCGUUCGCUCGCUCGCACACGUUGACCACUUUCGACGACUCGGUCAUGCCGGCCGCAGUGAGUGGACCUCGCUUUAGGAGAGACUGUGAAAGACUUAUCGACGGACGUGUGCCAGAAAGCAAACCGUACGCAACGUUACCAGUGAUUUUCCAGCCUUUUCCGCCCUACCCUCCAUACUUAGCGCAAGCGCCGGCGCCGAUCCACUACCCGCCGCCCAUAACGCCAUUACCUGCUCACACAGCGCCACCUGUGCAGCGGCAGACGCAGAUCGACGCACCAAAAGUUGUUGUAUUAGAUACUAUUAAGAAAGGAGUAAUGCGAACUCAAGCUACCCAGACUGAAGUAUGUUUAGGAAGGAAACCACAUCCGCCUAACUAUUUAUCAUUGAGUCCGAGAACAAUAAAAAGGGUAAAAAUGGUAGCAGCAGGAGUUCAAACUAAUGGCUACACAGUGGGUGUACGCAGAUUAACAAAAUCCUUUUCUGAAGUGUGUGGAGAUCGAUUAGCUGGCCGUGAAAACCAAAAUGAUGUUACUGUUGCAAUAGAAAGUAUUAUUGGUACGGAGCAUGAGAAACUUCAUAGAACCCAAUCAGAAGAACCCCCUAGGUCUCCACGAUCACCCACAUCAGUAAUGCCGACAUCACCAUUCAUGCAACGAGGAGACUCUGACGAUGUAACGUCAUCUUCCGUCAAGUCGAUAGCAUCUUCACAAGUAGAUAAAUCAUCUGAACUUAGCGCAUUACAAAAACAAGCUCAAGAGUACUUCCAACAGAAUUUUCAAUUCAUUCACGAAAGCGAUAGAGAUGAUACCAUUGACGAUGACAUAGAAACACUUGAAAAAAGCAUGGCAUUAAAUCGUAGAAACUUAGAAUAUUUACAACAAGAAAUAGCUAAACAGGCCAAAAAUGAACGGUCGCUUAGAUCGAUUUUGUCCAAAAGUACUAGUGAUGCGUCGCAAAAGACAAUAAACUCUUCACAUGGUCUAUCAAAAACUUCUACUUUUCAAUCUGAACCUUCGACUGAAACUUCUGCCACUACGACUGAUGAUAGUGAAAAGAAUGAAAAGGAAAUAAUAAUUGACUUUGAACCUAGGCCCGAUGAUGAAGCAAUACCGUUUACGACAUUACGUAGGAAAAAUAAAAGAAUAUUGCAAAAAACUUUAUCCGAGGGAGAAAUAUUAUUGGAUGCAAGGAAAAACGAAAUAAGCGGUUCCACGGAAGGAGUGAAAGACGCACCCAUAAUAAUGUCUACGAGUCAAGAAAAUAUGACACAGGAAGAUCGCGAACGGGAAACAGUAUAUAGACAGUACAUUGCACAAAAUUAUACUCAAACUCCUAUCAAAGACGAAGGUAUUUUUGGAUUCGAACCUGACGGUUCCUUCAGUUCUUCCGACGGAAAUGCACCAUACGAAGACUUUCAUGAAAAGUACAUUAGUUACAAGCAUGAACCAUUUAGAAUUCGCAGCGUAAGCUUCGAGGAGAAAACUGAACGGGUCGAUAAGGAAGAAAUUCCUUUAGAAAGCACGGCUAAAUCAAGCCCCGCAUCGCCAGAUCCUGUUAGUUGUGAUGUAGAUGCCAAACAAAAACCAAAGCGAGCAGUCAUUUCCAACAAUGUCACAACAAUACUUGCACCUCUUGAGAAAUCAUCACCCUGCGCCUCGAAUGAAUCGUUAACGGUAGACCACAGCAGAGAUCAUUCUGAUGGACUGUGGAAUGAGUCUCAAACAACCGUUUUACAAGUGGAUUCCGGUACUGACAACGGAACUGUAAUCAGUUCUUCUGAUCUAAGUUCCCUCGCUACGUCACCAGGUGCACUAGCACUACUAACUCCUACCUCAAGAAGGAAACAGCUUUUACUAUUACAACAUCAGCAACGGUCAUCACUAGAUACGGACGCCUUAGAUGAAGAAUUUGAUGCUUCGCAAAGUCAGUCACCUACUUCUCCGCGAAAUAAAUUAGACACGUCCAGUUCCAGUUCCAUGCAACAAACAAGAGCAUCACUAUCUCCACCAGCAGUAGUUCCUAAUAUUUCUUUGCCAAUAACUAAACAACCAACAAUAUCCAAAAUAUUAUCACCAACAGCACCUCUAAAAGCAAACCACACACCAGCUAUAGCUAUAACACAUCCCAGCUUAGAUUUAUCCGAUGUACCAUUUAAAAGAACUCCUAGUUUUAUAAAUAAGAAAAGGGAAAGAGCAUUAAGUCCAUCGAGAAGACAGGACUUAAAAAGGAAAGCACAGCAAAAGGAACCUAAUGGUACGAUUCCUAAUCAAAUAGUAGAAUCUCCUUCUGAACCAUCUUUAGCGAAAGCAGUUAGUAGUGAGACAAGCUUGAACAGGACGGAUUCAGGAAAACUCAAUACUACUGAUGUAUCAGAAAGCACUACUACGACCGAGGACUAUGUAACUGCGAAUUCUGAUAGUUCCAAAAAAAGUAAUAGCAAAAAUCAAAACCACAAUUCGGAAAGUAAUAACAAAGCACAAGAAGGAUCAUCUUUUGAAAGCGCAUCGAGCCUUUAUUCAUCCACAAAAACUGAUAAUGUAGCUGAAGACUUAAUUGUACCGAGUUUUUCACCACCAUUAGAAAUUACUGACGAUUUUAUUGUACCUAACCUUACGUCCCCUCCAUUACCUUUAUCAGAUAGAGUAUUAAAACCUUCUGUUGAAAGGUUUGAAGUUAAAGCUGAUAUUACACCAAUCGUAGAAAAUAAUAAAAGAUCUAAGACUGAAGUUAUCAAACGAAAAGACGAAGUUCCAGUUAAAAUUAAUACAACAACACGUGAUUUAAGAAGUGGUAAAAGCAGCUCAAGUGGAAGCUAUAGUAUAGGAGGAUCAAAUCCCAAUGUGACAGAAAGUACUACUGAUAAAGUUUGUACUCAGAAAUUUAAAGAGAUACUGGAAAACUCAGAAAAACCAGAAACAAGUGAAGAAAAACAGACAAUUGAACAAAAAGAACAAUUAGUUCCUAAGAUGAUGGGCUCUUUGUCGGAUGAUGAAAGAAGUGUUCACUAUUCAUCAUCUGGAUAUUAUGAAAGUCCUUUAGAAGACGAAGAUGACGGUGGUUUAAGUACUAUUUCAUUUUCAGCAUAUAAGCAUUCACAGAAAUAUAGGUCAACAAGUAGACCAAAGUCUUGGGUAUCGGAAGAUAAACGACGAAAAAAGAAAGCUUUUACCUUAGAAUUUUCAAAAUCUUAUGAUGAUUCGAUUUCCACAUCGCAAGAUGACUGGGGUAAAAAGGAUAAAGAACCUGAUUCACUAAAUCAUCGCUCUGACCGUAGUGUAUUUAAGAAUUCAAAUGCGAAAUCACCAUCAGAAGAAAAACCUCCUGAACCAAGAAAAAAGAAAACACAUUUCGUCGAAAAAACCAAAAGUGUUCAAUCUUCUCCCAGAGAAACUAUGGAUAUAGAAAAGGCUAUUAAAGAAAAAUCGUUAAAAGAAAAAGAAAAUGAUAACAAAAGACCAGUAGAGAGGGAAAGGUAUGUGAAAAGAACGAAAUUAAAAGCAAAAAGCCCUACGCAGACUAAAACAAUAGAUGGCACCUAUAGACCAGUACAUUACGAUAGAAGAGAAGCUUUAGGGUCUAACGUGAAAUUACAUCUGAAUAUUCCUACCUCUGAUGACUCUAGCGAACAAUACCGAAAAGAAGGCAUUGGAAAUGGCAAUAUAUCUCCGAGGAAACAUAGACGAUUAAGAGAUAGUCCAAGGAGAAAAACGGCUAAUAAUAAUUCUAACUCUGCUAAAUCACCAAUAUCUAACAACCAUUCCGGAUACAGUUCUAGACCUAGACGAAAAAGUGGGUCGAAUGAAAGCAUAUCACUGCCUGGUAGCUUACCGCGGAGAAAACAGUCAAUACCAACGAUCCCCUGUCUAAGUUCCCUUGAAGCAGAAGAUAUUGAAACUGCCAGAACCCUAAAUAAUGCUGGGGCGAGAUUGACACCAUUACGCUAUGUAAAAAGUCCAACAACGUCACCCAAAAAUCAAAAGCAAGAUAAAGCAGACGGAAAGUUUGCAAAGGCGGCCUCAGCAGAAUCGCUACGUUCAGUUUCACCAGGGUCAGAUUCCGUAUUCUAUUCAGAACACACGGAGCACGAUUUGGCUGUCGGGGAUUGCGAAGCCAAGGCGCAUUGCUUGCAUUGCGGCAAAGAAGUACACAUCGUUACAGCGUCGCAUGACCACGACAGCAGAGCUUCCCGAACUUCCCACACUGAUGAAUCCUAUGAAGAUGCGACAGCGGAAAUUGUUCCUGCGCCAGCGGGGUUCGCAGAUUCUCCGUCUUGUGGGAUGGCUAAGAAACAUACAAGCGGCGCUCGUUUGUACAAAAAGCUUGAUAAACGAUUUCGCUCUGAAGAUAAGACUAGACAUUAUCGUCAACGACAGGAUGUUCGUGCAAAGUCUGAGGAAAGAGGCAAAGAAGAAUAUUGUGGUAUGGAAAAGCCUCAAGACACUCGAAUAGCAAGAUCUGCUGGAAAUAGUCUUGAUAAACUCGCCGAUCCGAAUACAGGCGUAGAUCCAGAUGAACAUGACGAAUGUUCGGCCAGUUCAGAAGGAGAUGAAGAAAAGGGCGUCUAUGCGACUCCAUGGUGGUGUGGAAACUGGAUAUUAUUGUCUGAGAAUGAUGACAGCUGGACGAGAAUACCACCAGAUGCGUUGGAUUCAACUGACUCGGAAAAAGAAGAUCCAACAGAAUCAGAAACGGAGUUCAACAAACGAUACGCAGCGUUGACCCAUCGGCUUGUUCAUCGACGGGCUUGCGUAGAGCUCAACAAGCGACAAGCGUCUAGCACUUUUGAAAGCGAUAAAACAGUAGUGGUUAGACGUGGCAAUGAAGAAUUUGGGUUUAGAAUACAUGGAAGCAAACCAGUCGUGGUGUCAGCGAUCGAACCCGAUACACCAGCUGAGUCUUCAGGACUUGAAGUUGGAGAUAUCAUUAUAGCUGUUAAUGGAAUUAACGUUGUAGAUAAAACACAUUCGGAAGUUGUGAAGAUAGCGCAUUCUGGAUCGGAGGUGUUAGAAUUAGAUGUUGCAAGAACGUGCGAAGCUGUAGCUUCACUAGCACAUGAAGGUGGCCCAGCGGCUUUAUAUUCUGGAUACCUGUGGCGAGCUGCCCCUAUCAAACCCCAUCACCCUUUACGUUGGACGAGAAGAUGGUUCGUGCUGAAGAGAGACAACUGUCUCUAUUAUUAUAAAACGGAUUCGAGUAUACAUCCAGUGGGUGCACUUAUGCUAAUAAAUUACCAACUAACAGAGGAAGAAUCUGGUAGACCCCAUGGCUUCCGACUGCAGCGCGGUGGUGGAACGCGGCUGCAACUUGCCGCGGACAACGCUGAAGCCGCCGCAAGAUGGCGUGCUGUGUUAGCACAUGCGAUUGAUGCUAGCAAUCAGAGAGACGGCUGGUUAGAAGUGACUAUAAGGAAUAUGAAAUUACCACCAUCCUCGAUACACCGGCCAGACUGUUUCGGAUACCUAAUGAAAUUGGGAUCGAAAUGGAAGUCCUGGGCGAAACGAUAUUGCGUGCUGAAAGAUGCUUGUCUAUAUUUUUAUAAUGAUGGAAACAGCAAAAAUGCUUUCGGAAUGGCAUGUCUUCACGGAUAUAGAAUCCAGGCUUGUUCUUCAAGCGGCAAGAAAUAUGCCUUCGAGGUGAUGCCUACCGAACCGAAACAAAGACAUUUCUACUUUCAUACUGAAUCUGAGAUGGAUAGGAAACGGUGGAUGGCAGCUUUGGAAUACUCAAUAGAUCGAUGGAUGAAGGCCGGUUGACCAGAACAUUUUAAAUCAGAUUCUUUCGAAUUUGUAUAACAAAUGCCAAUGAUAAAUUAUACUCCUUUUUAUUUA